UUGGGAACGAGGUCCUUGCUUUUCUGUUUCUGCUCGGGCUUUUUGUUCUGGUAGGUGAUCUUCUGUUCCUUGGAACUUCGUCCUGUGUCGUGUUGGAGCACAGCAUUGAGCUUCGCUGUCCGGAUUCAUUCACUGCGGUGUCCAGUAGGAACGCGAACAGCUAUCUAGCCGGUUACGAAAGCUGAACAGCUACCUACCAUGCCUUCCACACUCAAGCUCGCGGCCGUUACCCUGGCCGUUGGACUGGCAGCCGCUGCUCCCGCGCCAGCAAAGAGACAGGACGACGGAUCGUGGAGUCCUGGCAAGUACGAAGGAGCAGGAACACCAUAUGAUGAUGGGAAGUGGUCUCCAGGCAAAUACCCAGGUGGUGGCAGCAAUGGCGGAGGAGGCAGCCAGCAGCCAGUGUCGCCUCAGCCAUACCGCGGCCAUGCGAAAGGACAACCAGAGAAGAGCUUGAAUGUCCAGCUUGGACCGAGGCCAUGGUACCUCGUGGAUAACAUGGACGAUGGUCCAUUGAAGGAGAAGCUGGAGAGCUGCUCUGAGGGCCCUUUCCAGACCAGCAGUUUCUCCAUCUCGCAUCGUGGAGCUGCAUUGCAAUUCCCAGAGCACUCGAGAGAAGGCUAUGAAGCUGCAGCACGAAUGGGAGCAGGCAUCAUCGAAUGCGACGUAAGCUUCACCUCCGACCGGGAACUCGUCUGCCGCCACUCCAACUGCGACCUCCACUACACAACCAACAUCCUCGCAAUUCCCGAGUUGGCAGCAAAAUGCUCCGAACCUUUCGUCCCCUUCAACCCCGAAACAGGCGACCUCGCCACAGCAAAAUGCUGCACAUCCGACAUCACCCUCGCCGAAUACAAAACCCUCUGCGCCGAAAUGGAAUCCGGAACCUUCAACGCCCUGAACACAUCCCAAUACAACGGCCGCUUAGGCCAAACCCCCGACUGGCGCACAAACCUCUACGCCGCAGAUUGUGCCGAACCCGUCUCCCUCAAAGAACAAAUCGCUUUAGUCGACAGCUACGGCCUAAAUUUCACAGCCGAAGCCAAAACUCCUGAGAUUGACAUGCCAUUCGAAGGAAACUACACCCAAGAAAACUUCGUCCAACAAAUCGUCGAUACAUUCGAUGAAGCUAACAUCGACCCCUCACGUGUCUGGUUACAAUCUUUCCUCCCGGCGGAUAUUUUCUACUGGAUCGAUAAUACCCCCGCAUAUGGCGAACAAGCCGUCUACCUCGACGAACGCGCAGAUUUGAACGCUACAGGUUACGAGGAAGCAGUUGCUUCUCUUCCAGGUCUUGCAGAACGUGGAGUCAAGAUCAUCGCGCCGAGUAUUUGGCAAUUGAUUACUGCGGAUAAUGAGACACAGUCAAUAAUUCCUUCGACGUAUGCUACUGCGGCGAAGGAUGCGGGGUUGGAGAUUAUUACGUGGAGUUUUGAGAGGAGUGGACCACUGGAGGAAGGUGGAGGAUAUUAUUACUCUUCUGUGAACAACUUGAUUAACAAUGAUGGAGAUCAAUUCGAAGUGAUCGACGUCAUCGCCCAACAGGUCGGUGCUACGAAGAUUUUUAGUGAUUGGCCGGGGACGAGUACUUAUUAUGCGAAUUGCUUUGGGUUGGAGUAGAAGAAUAUCCAAGCAGGAAGAUGGAGAGCAUAGAUGACAAUGAUCUGAAAUGAUGUCAACAAGAAGUAAACAGAGAUGAUGUGAAGUAAGCAAUGUACAGAAAAGGAUAUAUGACCAGAACGCAACAGCCAAUCGAUUUGCUCGAAUUUCAGGAAAAUGAAUGUCGCCCACUCCUCCUACAGGCAAGCCACACCAGGGGGUAUCUCUCAAUUGCACUUCGAUCCUCCAGAUUGCAUUCCGCCAAUAUUAGGAAGUCGCCCACCUUUAUUCGAUGCAAUGAUAAUACAUGUUGUCCAAAGUCGCGUUGAAGACGCCAAGAACAGCAUAUGCUUGCUUCGUCCCGUCCAGUAUCGAUGACAUGCAAGGCCGUUUCGAAUAAUUGAUGCGCCGAGUAAGAAUGUUGGUCGUGACGGGCAUGAUCAGUCGUGGGUUGUCGAGAAAGCCGCUUGAGUUGACAAAUGAGGAACAUCACUUCCUCCCCUCAAACAGCUUCCUUGCCACCUGUUGUGCAGU